AUGGCGACUGUUGACACUGAAAAAUAUUCCAAAGAUGAUUCUUGUUUCGAUCGACUUUCCGAUGAUGUUAUACUGUAUAUAUUAAAGCAUCUUAGCUUAAAAGAUUUCUUCAAUUUGAGACAUGUUAAUAAACGAUUUGCAACCAUAUGCACAGACAAAUCUUUAGUUCGUCACCUUCAGUUUGCAAGAAAUUAUUGGCUUACAACAGAUAAAUUCCAGUCCUAUGUCAGCCCUGUGGUAGAUAAAGUUGAGACACUGAAUUUAAACUCCUGCUAUUGGUUAAAGUGUGGCGCUGUAGAUUUACUAUCAAAAUGCAGCAAUUUAUCCUCUCUACACCUGAUGCAGGUUCGCGUGUCAGUGAAGACACUGUGCAGCAUCAUGUCAUCUCUACCCAGUCUCUCCAGCCUCUCUUUUUCUAUCUCAGACAUCAGAGACUUGCACCCAGAGCUCUCCAACUCUCCAGGAGCCCAAGACUGCCUGGCCAGGCUUGUUUCUCUAAGUUUGCAUUUUCGACAUCAGUUAGUUUAUUCAAACAGACCUGUGAUCAAUUUCUGUUCAGGACCAACUUUAUUUGAAUACUGUAAGAACUUGGAGGAAUUUCAUGUAUAUGGAUUCCCAAGCAACGCCAGAGGUAUACCUAAGUACAUUUUUCAGCCACAAAUCUUAAAGUCAGAAAACCUGAAAAAUGUGAAAGUUAUGACGUUGAAUGAUGCAAUGGAUCCAGCCGCACGCAUGUUUUUCUUUGGAACUUUGCUGUCCGUCUGUAAACUGUCGGUCAAGUUUAAGACACUUCUGCAACCCUUGGGAAAUGUUGACCAGCUGUGGACAAUGGAUGGCUAUGCAACGUGUCUAGAAAACAUGGAGGAUCUUGUCCACUUCGAUCCAUCCAGAACAACAUUUCAAAUUCCUAGUGAAGUUCUCCAUUUUGAAUCGGCACAUAAUUUACAGUACCUGAACCUAUCUGACAACGCUGCUGUGACGUCUGAGACCUUGCACCUUCUGGCUGACACCUGCCCUAAACUCACAAGUCUCAACCUACAGAACUGUAAUUAUAUUCUUUUAGGGCCUCUGAAGCAAAAUGCAGAACAGAGACGGGUGUACAAUGACAUCAGUGGUCUACAGGCCCUGCUCUUGGCAUGUCUGGAGCUGAGGAGCCUCAACAUCAGUGGCAUCCACGUCCACACGCAAGACUUGACCACUACCCCCUACAGCAGUCUGGCUGCUCUUCUAGCGGUCAACAACAGUUGGAAGUGUUUGUCCAUGUCUCCUUGCUGUUUGAGUGUGGAGCGAAGCUCAAAAAGUGGCAAGAGAACCUUCUCACUAGUCCCUGAAGGCUAUCUGGUCAAGCGUAGAAGAAUUGGCGCUGGGGCAGUAUGUAACCAGAGUUUUGCCAUGUUCCCAGAUUCAAACUCUCCUUCUACUUCACAAGAAGACCCAUCAGCGUCCUCAUCAUCCCCUCCCUCAUCAUCCCCAUCAUCUUCAUCCCCAUCAACAGCUUUGGAUGAACCAGCGUUUGUGUCAGAGCUAGAGAAACUAGUCCGCAGCUGUCCAGCCAUGGAAAAUUUUGAGCUCAAUUGUUCGGGGUUUAGAUCAGCUUUUAAUAAAUAUUUUGGAGUUCAUCCAACAACUUGCACGUCAAGUCCUUGCAUGUUCUCCCUGACUGUUGGGGACCAGGAGCUGAUGUGUAUAGGACGCUGGAAACAUUUAAAGACUUUACAGCUGACAUCUAUACCAGGGGUGAACCAGGGUCACUGUCUGCUGGCCAUUGCCAAAGGUUGUGUAUCAUUAGAGCAGUUAUCCAUUGCCUGUCUGGGCCAGAUUGCACACUGCUUGUACAGGGGAGGUCUGUUGGCAGCAUUUCCUUUCUUCUCUCAGCUCAGAGAUUUCAGACUAGAGCACCCCUACAUGAAAAUUGAUGAGCAAAUGCUAACAGCCAUGGCCAAAUGCUCCACGCUAGAGAGAGUCUGUAUCAUAGCAAAAAAUGGGACUAUGGACACUGAGGGAGUCAAAGAUUUUUUUGAAAAAGUUGAAGGUCUAAUAAACUUCCAACUGUACACUGGACGCUCGUUAAGUGUCUGUCGAGGAUUGCAAGCCUACCUAAUGAGCAAGUACAAGAAGAGUCGCCCAGCUAUCAGUGUGUGCAUCCACCCCCUGUUGAAUGGCGGACUUCAAGAAGCCACAGCCCAGCUGCCUGACCAGCACAUUGACGAGAUGACCAUCCUCAAGUCCAGGGUCUCUAUACGCCCCCAGAACUGGAGCCCAUUCUAAGGCUCAGAACUGGAGCCCAUUCUAAGGCUCAGAACUGGAGCCCAUUCUAAGGCUCAGAACUGGAGCCCAUUCUAAGUCUCAGAACUGGAGCCCAUUCUAAGGCUGACAGUUUUCUGAACAGACAGGAGUGAUGGGGUGCUUGUUUGUUGUUGUUAUCAUCUUUUGACCAUUAUCUAUGCCACUAGUUCAGGGAAGGGGUGACCCCUGGUCAUAUCACACUGAAGGACAGCAGUUGGCUCAUGUGGUUGGCACAUGUGGUUGGCUCAUGUGGUUGGCACAUGUGGUUGGCUCAUGUGGUUGGCACAUGUGGUUGGCUCAUGUGGUUGGCACAUGUGGUUGGGUAGUGUUGUUGGUACGUGUGGUUGGUACUGUCAUGUUGGUGUGUGGUUGGUACAUGUGGUUGGCUCAUGUGGUUGGUACAUGUGGCUGGUGCAUGUGGUUGGUUCAUGUGGUUGACACAUACAGUUGGUUAAUGUUGGCUCUAUUGUUGACCACCAUGGGUUGCUCCAAUGUCCUCUGUGUGAUUUGGUUGUUCAACAUAAAAUGAUUUCCUUAAGCUGACAUAAUACAUGAUCUGCCAGUUGCUUUUUGCUUGUGGAGAUAUGUGGGAAGCUUAGUCUGUAGUGUAGGUAUGUCAUUAUAUCACCAGUUGAGUUUGGUAUUACCUGUGGUUUGAAGUGUCACCAUUUAGAUUUGGUAUCACCAGUGUUGUAGUGUCACCAGUGUAACUGUGAUGCCAUGAGUGGUGUCACAUAUGGUGUGUUGACAGCAAUGUCACCAUGUUAAGUCUCCACAGGCUAAGAUGGUCUUUGUACAUCUGUGUGGCUGUGUUUCUUUGUGGAUAUGUGGAUAAGUACAUGUGGAAGUGUGAACUUGUGUGUGUACAUCUAUACAUAUGUGUGUGGCUGUACAUGUGUGGAUGUGUACAUGUGUGGAUGCUUACAUGUGUGUGUACUUGUGUGAAUGUGUGAACUUGUGUGUAUAUAUGUGUGUACAUCUGUGUGGGUGGCUGUAUAUGUGUGCAUGUGUGUAUACUUGUGUAGAUAUUUGAACUUGUGUGUGUACAUAUGGGGGUGUAGCUGUACAUGUGUGAAUGUGUACAUGUGUGUAUACAUGUGAGGAAGUGUAAACUUGUGUAAAAACUUGUGUAGACAUAUAAACACUAAUGUGCACAUAUUUAUGUACACAGGUGUACACCUGUUAGUGUGUAUGUGUACUUGUGGGUGUUCCACACUUAUGAAUCUGACUGAGGAAGCAAAAGCUUCUCAUUAUUCCUCUAUAAACCACUGAUAUUUUCACCACUAUUUUUCUUUGUUCUCAAAUAUAAAUUGCAUUGAUUCUAUAAGUAAUUUUGUGAUAUCUAUGUUUGACAUUUCUAUGUAGAUUGCUGCAGCCAAUAUUAGCUGCUCUGUAGAAAGUCUGUGUUGUUGUUACUUCCUAGCUGGCUACAGUUGGUACUGUGUCUAGAUGUAUGUGGUAUGUGUCUAAAGACAAAGCUAAUUUAUUGUAGUUAAUCCGUGUAUGUUGUUUGACUGUCUGUUGUUGGAUGACAGAUGUGUAAUGAUGCGUGUGAGGUAUGGAUGUCAAUGAUGUAGUUGCGAAAAACAAACGUAUUUUAAAUUAUUAUUUUAUAUACAAAGAAUAUCUUUAGAUGUGCACAUACAAUCAGUUAAGGUUAGUGGGGACCUUACAGUUAGAGUAAGGUCAUUAGAGACCUUACAGUUAGGUCAUGUGAGACCUUGGGUUGAUCGUGCUCCACCCAGCAAUGUUGUGAUUAGCGAAGUCUUGUUGUUUAUCCUAGUCUAGCCCAGCAUGCCACUAUGUAGUCAUGUAAAUAUUGUACCUAAUUUCUCCUAGAUAAACCAAUAGAUCUGUAUAUAUACUGUAUGUAUUUGUCGGAUGGAAUAGAUCUUUGUAUAUAAAACUCAAUGUUUCUUUAAAUACAUG